ACAUCCAUUCCUUCCAAUUUUGAAUACUAAACACUUCGAAACACUUCGCAACCAUCAACUCUCUUUGAAAAACACUAUGAUAUCCGUUUCCUCUCGAAAAUCACUGGGGGUUAUUGCCCGCCGCAUUCGUGGUUCCUCCAGCAAUCGCCUCUUUUCGACGAGGCCAAUCGCCGGUGGACGCGACGUCGUCAUCGUUGGAGGUGCGCGACUGCCUUUUGCACAAGCCUCGACCAUCUACCAGGACGAAAUGGCCGUCGACCUCCAACGUCUUGCCAUAAAGGGAUUGAUCGACCAAACCGCUCUGUCGAAGGACGCCAUCGAUUACGUUGUGUGCGGAAACGUCAUACAGGAAGUAAAAACCUCCAACAUUGCGAGAGAGGCGGCCAUCAACGCCGGUCUGCCCUACGAUAUACCCAGCCAUACGGUAGCGCAAGCCUGUAUUUCGGCCAAUGCUGCUAUUGCGACGGGUGCAUCGGCAAUCCAAGCGGGGCACGCAGACGUGGUAAUCGCGGGCGGCGUCGAAACCUUUUCCGACGUUCCCAUUCGUUUGACACGGCCGAUUAGGCAGAAACUYAUCACYCUGCCCAAGGCCAUGAAAAAGGGCGGUCCCRUCGGAGCUCUGAAACACAUGUUGAAGGGGCUCAAGGCCAAGGAUCUUGGCUUGGAGACCCCAGCGAUUGCCAACUAUACGACGGGGGAGGUGAUGGGAGUCAGCUCUGACAAGCUCUCAGCGAAAUUUGGUGUCUCUCGCCAGGAACAGGACGAAUUCACGGUGAGGUCCCACACCCUCGCCCAAAAAGCACACGACGAUGGGUUCUACAAGGAGGAAAUCAUUCCCUACCGCGGAUYGACCGCGGAGAACGGCAUCAAGGGAGACUCGUCGAUAGAAUCUGUGAGCAAGCUCAAGCCGGCCUUUGUCAAACCCAACGGGACGCACACGGCCGCCAACUCGAGUUACCUCACCGACGGCGCCGCCGCCAGCUUGAUCAUGAGCGAAGAAAAGGCCAAAGAACUGGGGUUCAGGCCGCUGGCGUAUCUGCGCGACUGGAGUUUUCGAUCCUGCGAUCCGUGGGAAGAGCUCCUGCUGGGGCCCACGUAUUGCUCGCACGAUAUCAUGCAACGCAACAAAAUGAGCAUGAGCGACAUYGGUGUCUUUGAAAUCCACGAGGGUACGUGCAUUUUUUAUUUUGCCGUAAUUUGAUCUGACGUACAGUUUGACAAAGCAAUCAAGUGCGAAUAUACACUUGAGUGUUUGUGGAAAUGUUGCAUUGAUACUCACCGUGAUUUGGAAUGUCCUACUCCGCUCUCGUCUGUCGCGAUUGUUUUUCUUUUUKUUUCGCAACACUGUUCUCAACUGUCACCAAUAUUUUAUUUUUACCCUCAGCUUUUGCCGGACAGAUCUUGUCGAAUCUGGUGGCCAUGGACAGCGMCAAAUUCGCGCAAGAAAAGCUGGGCGGCAACAAGGUCGGGGCCGUAGACGUGGACAAAAUGAACACGAAGGGUGGGUCCCUUUCGAUCGGGCACCCCUUCGGUGCCACGGGGUCGCGGUUGGUGACCACGGCCUCGAGGCGGCUGCAGCAAGAAGGAGAGCGGUUCGCCCUGAUCGCGGCGUGCGCCGACGGUGGACUGGGCCAUGCGUGUCUGCUGGAGCGAUACGAUUGAAACCAAAACCAGCAAWCGCAGUCCUUUCUUACUAUUAUUAUUGUUUGAGCAGUGUAACGAAUGUAGAGCACUCAUUACGUCCGUUUUGAACUAAAUAAAUCCCGACUCA